AUGCUUGAGUUGGAUAGAUGUAAUGAGGAAGAAAGAAGACUAUCAUAUGAGAGAAGUGCCAUGCAAGAUUGGCUCAUUGAGGAGUGGAAAUGUGUAACAAUGGCUAUGGAGAAGAAUGAAUUUUUAGCACGCUUAUGCAACAACUGGCAAGACAAAACACGUAUGAUUGAUCCUCACAAACCUAUGCCAGAUUCAUGGGGACCAUCAUUGGAAGAUCUUAUGGAGGCAUGUAAAUUUGAAAUGACUGCCAUGGUUGCUGAGAAUGAAAGAGAGAUAUAUGAUGAUGACAAUGAAGAGGAGGAAGAUGAUGAGGAUGAUGAGGGUGAUGAAGAAGAGGGUGAAGAGACAGAGUUAUUGGAGGCUGUUGAGAUGGUAGCUUUAUCUGAUGAGUUUCGAAAUAGCUAUACAGACUCAUUGUUUUGA